GUCGUUUCCAAAACAAGGAACGGCUUGUUAGUGAUUACUGCUCUGCUUGAAGCUGUGAUAUUUCGAGUCAAGUUAACUUUUAUCAUGAUGUCUCAAGAUCCCUGGUUGCAGAAUUAUGACGCCACCUGCCGCCUUGCCCAGGAGAUAGCGGAAAAUAUCCAUGAAAGAAACAGGCAGCAGCGAACGGGGGGAAACCCUGCAAAGAUAAAUAUGACGUUACGAGCGUCCCUUCAGAAACUUAAACAAAAUAUUGCUCAGCUCCAAGAAGGCUUGUUAAGAAGCUCCUCGUCUCGGCGGAUAAUGCAGUCAGAAGCUGACAGGAGGCAGAACCUGAUUGAUAAUCUGCUAACCAGAGAGAAGCAACUCAAUGCCACCUUCAAAGGAGACAUCGCAGAGCCUGAACCAUCCAGAUCCACGCUGAUGAGCGGAGGAGCAGCAGCAGGUACACCCAACCCGUGGCUCAUUGAGGAGUCAGAGGAGACGAAGGGACUGUCCUUUGGAGAGAUUAAACAACAGCAACAGAGAAUCAUUGAGGUCCAGGACGCAGGCCUGGAUGCACUUUCAGCAGUCAUCAGUCGACAGAAGAUAAUGGGCCAAGAGAUCGGCAACGAGUUGGAUGAACAGAACGAAAUCAUUGACGACCUUGCACAUCUCGUGGACAAAACAGACGGCAGGAUUCGGAAUGAGACACGAAGAGUGAAGCUGGUAGAGACCAAGUCAGCGUCAUGUGGGAUGCUGGUGGUGAUCGUGCUGCUGCUCAUAGCCAUCGUUGUGAUCGCUGUGUGGCCCGUGUAGCUGAUGGCGGCGGUGGCAUUUAAACUGUGGACCAGUUUAAAUCACAGAUGCUCACUGAAAUACUGUCUUGGGUCUUCUGUUUAUUCUCUCUUUCUGAUCACUGGAAACUAUCCAACUAAAAGAAUGUGAAAUAAAGUUUUCUUCCUUUAGCAGCACAAAUGCUUGUUUUUAUACUGUGGGCAGAAGAGGCGUGAGGAUGUUUCCUUUUCUGUCCUGUAAAUAUUGUGGGAAUGUAAAUCGUCUUUUACUGUAGUGAACGUAAUGUUUGAAUCAUUGCACCCACUGAUCAUCUGGAUGUUAAAUUAUUUGGCAGAUUGAAAACUAUUUUUUUAAUGUAAUUUAGUCCAAACAGCAGAACCUCCUGCAGGUCUACAGUAUUUCUGUGGCUGGACUCAGGUUUACAUCAGGUACAGUAACCUUCCAAUAUUCACAUUCACAUUUAUUUACUCAUGCAUUGCUGUAGCAACUGUAAUAAUAUAAGUUUGCUAGGACUUUCUAAUGUUUAUCGAACAGACUGUAGCCAGAACUAACAGCUCGACUGUGUUACUAACACGCCUCUGUUACUUCCUGUUAAAUCAGCUCUGCUGGUAAUAUCUAAUAAAUGACAUUUUCAGUUAAUAGUCCCUUGAUACCUGUCUGUCUGCCGUCAUGUCAGAGACUCGUCAUGCUUCUCUGGAGUGCUGGAGGGUUUGGUAACGUGAUAUUUAGUUUGAGUGGGCUGCUGACAUAAUUUCUGCACACAUGAACCACAUCUUCAUUCUACGGUGCCUGAAAAAAUAUGCAGACCCAUUUACAUCCUGUCACAUUAUAAUGCAAACGAUAACAUAGUUUAUGGGGAUUUUAGUUGAUAGACCAGCACCAAAUGGCCGUGAAGUAGAAGCAAAAGUCUGAAAAAAAUGUGUAUUCAUCCCCUUCUAAAACAGCUCAGAAGUCACCUAAGUUGUAAAUAUGAUCCACAUAAUGUAAUGUUAGUACAAGUACAGCUGUUGUAGAGCAAAUUGCAACAUGGCAGGUUGUGGAGAAGCUUAAAUCAGGAUUAGACUAUAAAACAAUAUGCCAAACUUUGAACACAUCAGCAAAAUGGAGAAAUAAAGAAAUCACAGCAACAAAGACAAAUAAUCUGUCAAUGUAACAAGUUUAUUUCAACUGAUAAUCUGAAUUUAGUUCUACCAAGUUUGUGUUCAGUAGUUAUUUUCCUUCUUUAAUGUCAACAAUCUAAACAACCACAUAAAGGUAAUAAAAAAAAAGUUGAAAAGACAAAAUCCACAAUGUCUUGUGUCAUUAAAUAUAUUCAUAUAUAAUAACCAUAAUAUAUUAGUAGGCAUUGUAAAACAACAUUGCUAAACGUCUUUGCAAUGGUGACAAGAACAUUUACAAUUCAUAGUAUGAACACAAAGCAAGGCUUUGAUGUGUUUAUGGCGUUUCAUCGGGGAGGCUUGUCAAACCAUUGCUCUACAGACUGCUGGAAAAAGUACAGCAUGAGGCUACAGAGAUGAGAGAAGUGUGAUUAGAGGUUAAAAUUCAUCAGCUGACAAUAAAACUAAAGUAUUUACCAAUGAAAGGCAGGAGUAUGCAAAUAUGCUCCAUGUUCAUGAACAGCACUGAAUCUUUAGAGCAUGAUAAUUCGAAUACAAAUCAAACACUAGAUGUAUAGUUAAAUCAGAAUAAUGUCAGUCAUCUGUUUGUCAGGCAUCUAUUGCAGUCAAACCCCUGUUAUUAACACCAUGGCUUUAUAAGGAUGUAUAAGGCUCUGUUAUACUAGAUCUCCUCCGUUGCUCAAACAUAACUGAAUCUCUGUUAAUUCAGAAAACCCCAUUUUUGUAUAUGAGUGCGUGUGAUUCAACACUUUGCAGUGUAAGAGCAUCAUCAGAAGGAAUCAUGCAGAUUUUGAUUUCUGUGUUGUUCUACUAUUGUAUAAUUGUAUUGUAAACCAUAUGAGCUGCUACUCAUACAUUUUUCUUCCUGCUCGUUCUAUGUGUUCUCAUGUUUCUCCCUUCUCAUUGAGAAAUAUCACAGCAUCUAUUUGAGAGCACGGCAAAUAUAUUUCUGCAUAUUUUGCCAUGCAUCCUGAAAAACUUUCAACCUCCUUCGAUCUCUCAGAAGGCAGAUUAGGUGCAUUUUGGAGGUGUGCGUGCUAGUAGCCGAGCAAGUAGCGACCUGUAAACGUUUGCAUUUGCAGUCCGCUGAGAGCCUAAUUAAACCUCACCGACAAGGUUAUGCAUGUGAUUUUGAGAGGCAAGAAACUGUUUAUUCCUGGGUUUGUUUUUGUUGAUGUCUUUCAAAGAUCGAUGCAUUAAUUAUUUAUGUUUUACAUAACCUGAGCUCUGCGACUUUCUUCCUCUCAAGAGAAGUGAACUGUGUACAAACAGAUGAGCAAAGUGGUAUCAACAGUCAGAUGAUUGCCACCCAUUCCACCUUGUGCAAAAUGUUGAAGUGAAUGGUCUGUGUCCUUAUAGUCAAUGUGCAUUCUUGCAUUGAUGUCUGCAAAAACAGUAAAAAUCUGAGAAAACAUUGCAAAUGAAGGUGGAGAUAAAUAAAGUUAUCCUCUUACUAAAGGUCCUGUAUAUAAUGUAUAUAUGCAUCAUGAGGUACUAAGAUAAUCCUUUUAUGGUUUCCAUUUUCCUGCUUUUUGUAUGUAUCUUUGUUCCUGUAGUUAGUUACUUUUCUACUUAUUUUAAACUAAUUAAUGUAAGUUUUAAUAAUCUGCUGUCAGCAUAUAGUAUUUAUGAGUUUGUAAAACAUCUGAACCCUUACAAAUGUGACAUGCAGUACUGUUUGCUUUUUGCCGUUUACUGUCUUCUUUGUAGCAAAGAUGCAGCUGCAAUUAAGUAUUUUUCACUUUCUAAAUAGGCGACAUGCAUUGCAUUUUGUUGCAAAACAAGGACUGUAUCCAUGUCCCAUAUUCUUUAUUUUUGUUAUCUUUACUGUUCCAAAAAAUAUUUUAAGAUCUGAUGUAAAAACUCAUGUAAAACUGCGAGUGGCCUCUGGUCGAUAAGCUGUUUGAAAAAGCAAGUCUUCUUUAAAAGCCAGUAACGAAAAUUACUUGUUUAAAUAAACUGAUAAGAAAUGAAUUCUUCAAAUAUGAAUUAAAAUACAAAAGUACACUAAAGGAAUAGUUCAGGACUUUUCAAGGAUGUGCCGAUGUUUUUGAACAAAUGCAUAUAUAUAGAUGGGGAACAUAAAACAUCAUAAAACAUCUUUAGGAUCAGGGCCUAAACAUCCUUAGGUGUCCUGAGAGUGAACGCCUCACUCUCAGCGUUCACUCUCAGAACGCUGAGUGUGAGGCGUUCUAAUCCAAUAUCAAUAUGUGACCUCACAAAUGCACUUUUCAAAGAAUGGCAAUAAAAUCUCCUAAAUGUACUCCUGAGCCUUGUAGCCAGGCUUCAGAGAGGAGCUGAAGCUGUUAUAGUUCCAACAUUUGUUGGACCAUCUUAUGAAACUCUAUAGAAUAAGUCCACAUGUAUACAAAGACAGACAAGAACAUCUUUAAGCAACAUACAGUGGAUUAGUUUACAUUUUUGAUGAUUAUUUGAGAUGCUCUGACAUAUUGUCUGCUUAGAACCUAUCAACAGAAUCUCACUUGAAAAAUCUCGAAUUAUUCCUUCAACAGCCACCUAAGUGAUUUGACCGUUCUCAAAUAAGUAGGGUGAAUAUGUACUCUUAGCAUAACGCAUCAUAGCUUUUACGAUUUAAGAUGUGUAGUUGAGGAGUUUUUAUAAAUAAAAACUAAACUCUG